AUGGCUCCAAUGGUGGAGGAAGGAGCUCAGCUCGUGGCAGUACCAGCAGGUGUUGCUGUGGUGAGUGUCUUCGGCCUUGUCUUCACUGUGUCAGCAUUUGCAUGGAUCUGUUGCCAGCGUAAAAACGCCAAAUCCCAGAAGACACCUCCCUACAAGUUUGUGCACAUGCUCAAAGGGGUGGACAUCUACCCGGAGAGCCUCAGCAGCAAGAAGAAGUUCGCUGCACCCGCCACCAUGACAACAAACGACACCGGUAAAACUGAUGUUAACGGAAAUUGCCACACCGCCGAUCAAAUGAGUCCGAUGAGCAACGGUAAACUGGCCUUAAGUCCAAACGGUUCUAGACCCGCUCUGCAUCUGGAUCUGGAGAAACGAGAUCUGAAUGGCAACUUUACCACCAAACCAUUUCAUCACCACAACCAAAAGGUGCGCAGCUCCCCGGACCUGGAACUACCCUCUCCCCAUGCAGGGUUCACCCAGCCUGGGGUGAUGGACCGACGUGACCUCCCUUCACCGUCUAGCACCCUCUCCAGCCAGGCGCCCACCCCCGCUGUGGACAAGCCCCAGGGAGAGGAGAGAGAGGGCGGAUUAGGGACCCUCCACUUCUCCCUGGAAUACCAGCCAGAGAAGAAGGCAUUCAUCGUCCAUAUCAAGGAAGCCCAUGGCCUGACUCCAACUGAUGAGCAGUCGCUGACCUCUGACCCUUACAUCAAGCUGACCCUGCUGCCGGAGAAAAAGCACCGGGUAAAGACCAGAGUCCUGAGGAAGACUCUCGACCCCGCCUUUGACGAGACCUUCAGCUUCUACGGGAUUCCGCUGACCCGAGUGUCGGAGUUGGCCCUUCACUUCAUGGUGCUGAGCUUUGAUAGGUUCUCCCGUGAUGAGGUCAUCGGAGAGACCCUUGUACCCUUGUCUGGGAUCGACCUAUCAGAGGGGCGUGUCCUGAUGAGCCGAGAGAUCAUCAAGAAGAAUGUCAAGAAGUCCUCGGGCCGAGGCGAGCUGCUGCUCUCCCUGUGUUACCAGUCCACCACCAACACUCUGACCGUGGUCGUCCUCAAAGCUCGCCACCUGCCCAAGAUUGAAAACAAUGGACCUACAGAUCCGUACGUCAAGGUGAACAUGUACCAAGGGAAGAAGCGCGUGUGUAAGAAGAAGACCCACGUGAAGAAGUGCUCUCCCAACCCCGUCUUCAACGAGCUCUUUGUCUUUGAUCUGCCCUCCGACGAGGGCCUGAGAGACACCAGCGUGGAGCUGCUGCUGAUGGACUCAGACACGGGCAACUCGCGCUGCCCCAACACCGUCCUCGGGCGCCUGGUGUUGGGAACGUCGGUGGUGGGCACGCCUGGCGAGCACUGGAGGGAGAUCUGCGACCACCCGCGUCGCCAGAUCGCCAAGUGGCACGGCUUGUCAGAGGAUUAG